AAAAAUUUCAAUGUCAACAAAAGUUCCUUGUCCAUUAUUUAUAAUAUUCAAAUAACUAUUCUUUGUUUGAAACCUUGCAUUAAAUCGUUAUCGCCAACGAAUUAUCAUGUUUUGAAACAUUUAAAAUUCUAUUUUUGUCGCUCGUACAGUGUGUCACCAUGCCUUUGUCCUGUUUAACGCUGUUUUUUUUCGUCCUGCCUCGAGUUUUCGCUACCAACGAUGUCCUUUAUUAUCAGCCAGAGCAGGUACACAUUUCUUAUGGGCAAAAUAUUCAUCAAAUUGUAGUGACUUGGUCGACGUUCAGCGACACUAAAGAAUCUUUGGUUGAAUAUGGAAUUGGAGGUCUCAUAGCCACUGCCAAAGGUAGCUCUAACUUAUUUGUUGAUGGAGGCUCUAAGAAACAUUCCCAAUAUAUCCAUAGAGUGGUUUUGGAUAAUUUAACACCCAACAGUGCAUAUGUAUACCAUUGUGGAAGCAAUCUAGGAUGGUCAAACAUGUUCUGGUUCAAAACAGCUCCAGCAGGUGAUAAUUGGGCACCACAUUUAGUCAUUUAUGGUGAUAUGGGCAAUGAAAAUGCCCAAUCAUUAGUUAGACUACAAGAAGAAACACAAAGAGGACUCUAUGAUGCUGUAUUACACAUUGGAGAUUUUGCUUACGAUAUGGAUUCAGACGAUGGAUUAAUUGGAGAUCAAUUUAUGAGACAAAUCGAACCUGUUGCUGCUUAUUUACCUUACAUGACUUGUCCAGGAAACCACGAAGAAGCUUACAAUUUUAGUCAUUACAGAGAAAGAUUCAGUAUGCCAGGUGGCAGCCAAUCACUCAUGUAUAGUUUUGAUAUGGGGCCAAUGCAUAUUAUUUCUGUAUCUACAGAAAUCUACUAUUUCUUGAAUUAUGGCUUGAAAAGUUUAGUCUUCCAAUAUAAUUGGUUGGAGGAAGAUUUAAUUAAAGCCAACUUACCUGAGAACAGAGAAAAACAUCCAUGGAUAAUUAUUGUAGGCCACAGACCAAUGUACUGUAGCAAUUCAAACACAGAUGAUUGCACUCAUCAUGAAACUUUAACAAGAGUGGGUUUGCCAUUUUUGCACUGGUUCGGACUAGAAGAACUCUUCUACAACUAUGGAGUGGACUUGGAAAUUUGGGCCCACGAACACAGCUACGAACGAUUGUGGCCCAUUUACAACUACAAAGUUUACAAUGGCUCCUAUGAGACUCCCUACACCAAUCCCAAAGCUCCAGUUCAUUUUGUUACAGGGUCAGCAGGCUGUAAGGAAGGUAGGGAAGGGUUUAAUGGGACAAGGCCUGAUUGGUCAGCAUUUAUUAGUCGCGAUUAUGGGUAUACUAGACUGAGAGCCUAUAAUGGGACUCAUCUUUAUUGGGAACAAGUUUCUGAUGACAAACAAGGACAGAUACUUGAUUCUGUUUGGCUUAUAAAGGAGCAUCACGGACUUUAUGAAAAUUCCAAAAUGGAUUGGGAAAAGGUGGAGCAAAUUAGAUUUAAAUAUUUUGACUCUAUUAAUAAAUAAUUUAUUUGACUCGAAGCUUCUCAGCUGCAAAACAUUUUUGAAACUAAAUUAAAAUCUUAAUUAAUGGGCUUUGUAGAGAAUUUGAUUGGCUUUACUUUCAGCAUAAUAAUGUUGAAAUCGGAUGAAAAUUAACUCCGCUGUGAGACAAAAACUGUCUCAGUGUCGUUUUUCGAAAAUUUUCAAUGUAUGAUCAUUCCAAAUCCAGUGCAAAAGUGUAGAGAAAUUAAUUGACUUUAAUUAAAGCUUAAUUACAUUUAAAUCGGAUCAAAGUUAAUGGAGCUGUUAACCAAAAGCUGUCUCGGUGUCAUUUUUGAAAAAUUUUCAAUUUUUUCGAUUAUUUUAAUCUUGAAACUUCUUAGCUGCAAAGCUGUUCAAGCCAAAUUAAAAUCUUAAUUAAUAGGUUUGUAGCAAGGACGGGGGGGGGGGGGGUUUGAAGGUUCGAACCCCCUUCCCCAUUGAACUGAAAAAAUUAUUUUUAUUGAAGAAAAAUAAACGUUUUUGGGCGAGGCACCCGAAAAAAAAAUUCGUUUUUGAUGAUAUCCUGAUGGGCUUCAGAGCUGUGCGGUAUUCGGGUACGGUACGAGUACUCUUCACUUGUACUCUAAAUAUAUUUUUAGUUAUUCGGUACUCAGGCCAAGAUACUUUCUGAAUCGCGUACUUGGACUGCUUAAGAAUAUAGAAAAUAGGUACCCGGUACUUUUUCUUGUACUGAGUAAUUUUCAAGAUACCCAUGUACAUGCAUUUUUACUUAAAUACAUUUGUUAUACCCGGGUAUUUUCAUUGUUUUCAAAUACAUUUGUAGUUACAGAGUAAAAUUAUUGGACUCUAACUAAAUACAUAUUUAUUUGGCCACAAGUACCAUCGUCACCAAAAGUAACUGGGCCAGCAUCAUGUUAGCUCUUGUACUAUUAUAUGAAUUUAGGUGUCAAAUAUUUAUCAAAUUAUGAAUUAAAUGCAUUGAAAUGAAUGACAGUAGAUAGUGUUGUAACAAGCGAACUUUACCGAGCGAACGUUCGCAUUAUCACAGUAAUUUACGGUAAUGUUCGCUCCUCUCUAAGCCGAAAGUUCGCUGAAAAUGCAUUUCUAAACGUUUCCUAAUCGCUUGAUUUGACAACAGUGAAUCAUGGACAUGGACCCUGAUUUUUGAAUAUUUUUAUUAUUAUUUUUUUAUUUUAUAACUACUUGUGUUAUUACUUCAGAAAGUUGUUUUUUAAAUUCCUUUUUCUAGACAAGACUUGUAUUAGUUUUAUAAAUAUUCAGGCCUAUGAUGUAUCAUUUUCUAUUAUUUUUAUAGCAACGUUAAGUUGCCUGUCACUGUUUAUUCUAUUCGUCAAAAUUGAGAGAAGUAUAGAUGUUGAGCUAUAACAUAGCUGUUGAAAUAACAGGAAUGGAUACAUCAUAGGCCUGAUUAUCAUUUUCUUUACAAUAAAUUGAUAAUACAUAGACAAGGGUUAUAUCUACAUUUAUGGAAAAUUCACCUACCCCUACCAGAGAAAAGAAAAAUAGGGAAAUUUAGUGAAACCUUAUUAUUAAUAGACAUUUUUACAAGCCCUACAUCAAAAAGCCGAAUUUAUAGGUGCUUUUGCAACAUUCUCCAAAGUUCUCAUAAAUUCUCGAAGAUUCUCAAACAUUCCCGAAAGUUCGGUAACGUUCGAAAAUUACCGAGAAUUUCACAACACUAACAGUAGAAUUAGUCCAGGAGAUUAAUAUGAAUUAUUUUUGUCCCAGAUACUUUUGGUGAUGAUGGUACAUUUCCAGACAAGUUGAGAUCUGACAUUAGGUCUGUUCCAACACGUCAAAAACCGUCCCAUGAACGAUUUCGAAACCACUCAGUAAACGAAUUUCGGUAUCUACACGCAAAUUUUACAGUUUGCGCAGAAUCAUGACGAGAAAUUGUACGGUUUCCUGCUAUGUUGGAACAGACCUAUUAUGUUACGGUUACGAUAUGCCCAAUUUUCAGCCAUUUCUUGUUUAGCAUCAGAUGCUUAGCAUGCGUUCCAUUGAUCGUUGUGAUUUGCAAACGAAAAUUUUGAACUUUUCUGUGCACAUUGACAUUGUGUCUGUGGCCAUAAAUUUGGAAAUUCUGAUUUCCUUUUACAAUAAUUAUCAAAAGCUACCUUGAAGCACAACCCAAACACGGUCAUAAGCAACCCAAUUGCAAACUCAUAAAUCACAUGUUAUGAUUUAGAUUUUGGAAAACUUUGAAAGGUCAUAACUUUUUUUCUAUUAUAGAUAGAAAGCUGAAAUUUUCACUGAAUUUUAUCUCAAUAAAAAGAGGUUAUUUUAUUUUAUUUAUUUAUUUAUAACUGACUCUAAAACAGUGAGAAUCACUGGUACCAGAGCCUCAAUAUACAAUCAUAAUAUAAUAAUAAGUAUAAAGUGUGGUAAUAAAUUACAGUUUUUAGCUUAAUUAUAUAUUCAUUUACACUGCAAAUAUAAUUUCAAAUUUGGAGUAAAUUGUUUCAUCGUCCUCAUUUCUACAACUGUCUUUGGUAUAGUGUUAUAAGUUUGUAUACUGCUAUACAGUGGAGAUCUUUGCGUUUUCAAGGUUCGUGAAUAAUUUGUUCUGAAGUCGUUUGCACCUCGGAUAUCAUGGUCAUGUAGCUGUUUCACUUGCUUAACAUUUAAAUUGGUUUUAAGAAGUUUAUUUUUUAGGCAAUACAUAAAUUUUGUUUGUUCAAAGGUCCUAAUUUUUUUUAUGUCCCAUAUUUUUGUUGUUUUAUACAGAAGUUCUGAUGAAGUGAGCCGGUCUAAAUUGAAGAUGGUUUUUAUUGUUUUAUUUUGUGUCCUUUGUAGUUUAUUUAAUACAUAAGUAGGUAAGUUUCCCCAACAUGGAAUAAGGUAUUACCUAAUGUGAGGCAGAAUAAAACUGUUAUAAAGCAAGAGUCUAGAUUUUCUGUUUAAACUAUCUGUACAUCUUUUUAUUGCACCAACGAUCGGAACAAUUUUUUUUAUAACCUCAGUCACAUGUAGGCUCCAAUCAAGAUUAUUUGUUAUGUUCAGACCUAAGUAUUUAUAUGUUUGUACUUCUUUGAGUUUUACACUAUCAAGAAACAAGUUUAUAUCACCUCUUUGCUUGUUUUUUUGUUUAAUAAUCAUAUAUACAGUCUUGUUUUUAUUUACAGAUAGCUUAUUGUAGCACAGCCAUGAAUGAUAGAGAUUCAACUCAUCAUUUGCUAAUUUUUCUAGUUCUUUUAAAAAUUUUGCUGACAGAACCAAGAUAGUGUCAGCAAAUACAAAAUAUUUUGCUUCCAGUACCAAAUAUUUAAGGUUGUGUAUGUUCAGCAAAUAUUGCAGAGAUCCCAGCACUGAUCCUUGGGCAACACCGAUACAAAAUUCCUUUUUUCCACUUUCUGAUUUAUUUAAUUUUGUAUAGUGAUUUCGGCCUAUAGAGUAUGUUUGAAGGAGUUUAUGUGCAGUUCCUCGAAAUCCCAUCCCUUGUAGUUUACCUAGCAUUAUAUUUAUGUCAACUGUAUUGAAUGCUUUUUGCAAAUCGAUGAAUAUUGUCAAAACAGGUUCUUCUGAUACAUACGACUCCAGUAGAUCUGCCGAGGCUCCUAAAGUGCUGCUAUGUUUUUGGAAUGCAUACUGAUGGGUAUCAAACUUAAACUUUUUCUCAAUAAAAUUAAUCAUUCUUUUUUUUAUGAAUUUUUCUGUUUUUUUAGAAAAUGUCUUUAGCACCGAUAUUGGCCUAUAGUUAUUUAAUUCGUGUGGUGAAUCUUUUUUAUGCACAGGUGUUAUUUUUGCACAUUUUAGCUCCUUAGGGAACACUCCAUCUUCUAAGAUAUUAUUAACAAUAUUUACAAUUUUUUCUCCAAUCAUGUCAAAAAGCAGUACUACGUCGGUCUUUGUUAUGUUAUCUUCCUCUGGUGAGCUGUUGUUUUUAAGAUCAUUUAUGGGUAUUAUAUAUUUCUAUUCUAUCUGUGGGUUCAAGAUAGAUUGACUCAUUGCAGUCUUCUUCUUUAAACGUUUGGUUUGUAAUGGGAUUUAUGUUUAAAGCUAGGUUUUGUCCAACUUUCGAAAAGUAUGUGUUGAAUUCUUCUGCUAUUUUUUGUUCAUUUCUGAGAGUCUCUCCUGUCAUAUCCUUUAUUUGAGUUAUUUUUGCACCUUUUGUUUUUCUUGAGCAAAGAUUGUUCAGUAGGUUCCACAUUUUUUUUGAAUUUGUUCCAGCCUCAUUAAUUUUUUUUUCAACAUAGUCCUUCUUUAAUUUUCUCCUUAAGUUGUUCACCUCAUUCUUAAAUUUUUUAAAAUUUCUUUCAGUUUCUAAAUUUUUUACCAAUUUCCAUCUUUUAUAGAAAUUAUCUCUUUGUUUGAUUUUUUCGAUAAAUUCUGCAUUUAUCCAGUAUGUAUUUUUAUGUUGUGCUCAGUCGUGGAUUCAGCUUUUGCUUUUGCUAUUAUUUCUGAUAGUUUGCUAAAUGAUGUGAUUUCAUUUUGUUGUAGUUCCUGUUGUACGGAUUCUUUCCAUUUUUGUGUGUGUAAUUUUGAUUUCUUGAUGUAGUCUUUAGCGUUUUUGGUAACUUUUUUGUUUAGCUCUAUAUACAUGAUUUUAUGAUCUGAUAUUAUAUGAUCUGCAAGACUGAUCUUGCAGUUCAAGUCUUUAUUUGUCAAGACAUGAUCCAAUAUGGUGGCUGUGGUAUCUGUUUUCCUUGUGGCAUUUUCAGGCGUGAGAAUAUUUUGUAUUUUAAAUCCAUUCAUUUCAGCAACAUUCUUAUACUCUUUAACUGCAUCAGAUUCACAAAGUAGAUUUAGGUUUAUGUCUCCAAUAAUAACACAGGGUGUUUUUUGAGCUUCCAUUGUACUAUCUAUGUCCUGUAUAAAUGACAUGGCCUGGUUUUUAGGGGGUCUGUAAAUUGUUGUGAUGGUGCAGUUUAUCUGGGUAAGAUAAAUGCUUACUACAUUGCAGUCACUUACUCUUAUUUUUGAGCUGACUUUAAUCUCAUAAUCUAGGUUUUCCCUGACGAGCAAGCAUACCCCUCCACCUCUUGAGUCUCUACAAUGAUGCACAGCACUGUAGUUAGGUAGAUUAAAAUACUGUAUCUCAUUUUGAUAGAUCCAUGUCUCCGUGAGAGCAAUAAUGUGUAUUUCAGGCUGUGGUCUUGUUGGAAUUUUAUUUGGAUGGCUGAUUCUCCAAUGGUUUUUUCAAGAAAUACCUUUCCAUUUCUACAAAAGGCUGCCACAAAGUUGUUUUCUCUCCUGAAGAUACAGGCGGCUCUAAAUAGUAUUUGAUUGGUCAUUGUAAGGUCUUCGUUUAUAAAUAUGUUCCCAUUCUUUCCAAUUAAUCCGCAUUCAUUAACUUUAACUCCUUUUAAUUCUUUCACUUUUUUUAAAACAUUGAUUUUUGUAUUAGGUUCCGGGUUCCGGUAAUUUCACAAGGAUGGGUCCAUCUUUUUUUUGUUUGAUUCUAUAACACUCUGCAUUUUCAGGUAUAUUUAACGCCAUUGUUUGAAAUACCUGUUGUAUGACAUUUUUUGUGUUUUCAUUUUCUUGGCCAGGGAUGCCGGUCACUAUAAUAUUAUUUUGACGUUCUUUUUGUUCUUGAAUGUUCGAUUUUUGCUCUAGAGCUUGCAAUCUUUCAUUUAAUAUCUUGUUUUCGUCUCUAAGUUGCUUUACCUCAGUGAGUGAAUGACUUCUGGUCUUCAUACGAGUCCGACAUAAAUUGAACCGAAUCUUUAAGUUCUUGCAUAUCUUUGUGUAGUGCAUCUUGGAAUGGUAUGAAGGUGGCCUCAAAGAUCUGUUUUACAAUCUUUUCCAGUUUUUCAUCAUUGAUUUCUUCCUUUUUUCGGCCGGUAGCCUCACUUUUUUCGCGUGAUUUGCAACAAAUCAUUUGAUUUAAAAUAAUUGUUUUUUUUUGAGUCUUUUUGAGACUCCGAACCCAAGGGCUUCAUUUUCGAGAAAAUCAGCUUUGAAUCUUUUGUGAAAUUUAAGGUAAAGUUUUGAAUUUGAGUCUCAAUAUCUCCAAAAGUAUUUAAGAUAGAGAAUUGAAUGUUAUUUUAUCUUAAAGAUAAUUAAAUUCUGAUUCAUAUCACAUCAUAUUUGUUGCAAUAAUAACCGAGUAAUGAGCGGUUUUGUGAGACAAUGUCAGAUUAUUGAAAUUUUCUGAGCUCAAAAAUUGCAAAAUUCAAAAAUUUAAAAAUUCAAAUUUUUCCAAAGGGGUAUGCAUGGGAAAUUGAUUUUCAAAUAUUUCAAAGGGCCAUAUUUUGGAAACCAGUGAAGCUAUCGGCAUAAAUCUUUUGCUUAAUUGUAUCUCUUCAGAAGGGCUAUAAAAAAGGUUAUUUGAGACUCCGUAACCAAGGGCUUCGUUUUCAAGAAAAUCAGCUUUGAAUCUUUUGUGAAAUUUGAAACAAAGUUUUGACUUUGAGCCUCAAUAUCUCCAGAAGUAUUUAAAUUAGAGAACUGAAUCUUAUUUUAUCGUGAAGAUAAUUUAAUUCUGAUUCAAAAUAUAUAAUUAUAAAUCAUAAUAUAUGCAGUCAUAACCGAGUAAUGAGCGAUUUUAUGAGACAGUGUCAGAUUAUUGAAAUUUCCUGGGCCCAAAAUGUGGAAAAAAGGUUUCUAUUUUUUUACAAACUAACCCAAAAAACAAAGUUGCGUAAAAGCUUUUCCACUAAUUUUCACCUCCUCUUUCGAUUGGUAAAGUCAAAAAUUGCAAAAUCCAAAAAUUUAAAAAUUCAAAUUUUUGCAAAGGGGUAUGCAUGGGAAAUUGAUUUUCAAAUAUUUCAAAGAGCCAUAUUUUGGAAACCAGUAAAGCUAUCGGUAUGAAUCUGUUGCCUAAUUGUAGCUCUUGAGAAGGGCUAUAAAAAAGGUUAUUUGAGAUUCCGAGCGCAAGGGCUUCGUUUUCAAGAAAAUCAGCUUUGAAUCUUUUGUGAAAUUUGAGACAAAGUUUUGACUUUGAGCCUCAAUAUCUCCAGAACUAUUCAAGAUAGAGAAUUGAAUCUUAUUCUAUCUUAAAGAUAAUUUAAUUCUGGUUAGAAUAUAUAAUUAUACAUUAUAAUUUGUGCAGUUAUAACCGAGUCCUAAUAAACUCUGGACUCUGGAUAACCAAAUCAAACUUCAAAAUAGCUGAAUUCAUUUAGUAAACCAAAAUGUGUGUUUCAAUUUUUGAUGUGUGAACAUCUAUACCGGCGGUUUGAUGGCAAAUUUCGGCAAAUGUGACAAAAGUGUGAAAGGGGAGGUGACGUCAUAACCCAUGUGCAAUGCUAAGUUCGCAGCUACCUCAGCGUUUGCAGCCUAUGAGGAUUCAUUAGAUUUCCAUGAUAGAUUAAGGCUGUUUAAAAGAGGACGUUGCGUAAUAACUUGUACCUAUGACAUCAUUGGGUAGGAAUGCAAGGUGGUAUUAGAAUGUAUUCAUAAAUGUACACGGUACUUUGAAUACUUGGGUAUUGAAUUGUACUCUGUACUCAAGAACAUUCUACGCUAAGUACUUGUACCCGGUAGCCGAGUACAUUUUGCCUGUACUCGAAACAGCUCUGACUAUGCUACACUCGGUAGCCUAUACAUCGUCUGGUCUAAAAUUGAAACCCUUUCCAGCAUAGACCAUGAGCGGCCAUUACUGCUCUAAACCCCCCCAUGUGAAAGCUAUAGCUACGUCGUUGGUUUGUAGGGAAUAUAAUUGGCUUCAAUUAGAGCCUAAUUGCGUUGAAAUGGGAUGAAUAUUAAAGGAGCUGUGAGCCAAAAACAGUCUCGGUGUCAUUUUUGGAAAAUUUUCAAUGUUCGAUCAUUUCAAUUUUGAAGCUGCUCAACUGCAAAAUUGUUUGAGCCAAAUCAAAAUAUUGAUUAAUGAGUUUGUAUAGAAUCUAAUUGGCUCCAAUUAGAACCUAAUUGCGUUAAAAUCAAAUAAAUAUUAAAGGAGCUGUAAGGCAAAAACAGUCUCAGUGUCAUUUUUGGAAAUUGUUCAAUGUUCGAUCAUUUCAAUUUUGAAGCUUCUCAGCUGCAAAACUGUUGAAGCCAAAUUAAAAUCUUAAUCGAUAGGUUUGUAGAGAAUUUAAUUAGCUCCAAUUAGAGCCUAAUUACGUUGAAAUCGGAUGAAUAUUAAAGGAGCUGUGAAGCAAAAACCACCUCAGUGUCAUUAUUAGAAAAUUUUCAAUGUUCAAACAUUGAAGCUUCUCAGUUCCAAAACUGUUGAAACCAAAUUAAAAUCAUAAUUAAUAGGUUUGUAGAGAAUUUAAUUAGCUCCAAUUAGAGCCUAAUUACAUUGGAAUCGGAUGAUGUUUCGUAUUCAAAUGGGAAAACCCUGUACAUUCCUUAUUAAUAUAAUACAAAAGUACAAAAAUAAAUAAAUCACAGACACCUUUCUCUCACUUCAACUAAGUCUAAAAUCAUUAAUCUCAGGAUCGCCUUUGCCCAAAUUCACUUUCUUCUCUGCCACACAAGUUUCAUUUAAAGGUUUACUUCUUUUGAUGCACCCCUCGUUCAGACACAAUUUUAUUUUCUCAUUGAACUUGUAAAACAUAUUAUCAUCUCCUCCAUUGGGUCCCACAUAAAUAUCGCAGUCAAUUUUCUUGUUCAAAUCUUGCAGGCAGCAUUGCAAAAAUUCCGAGUUGAUUACAAAGUAUUUGCUGAUAUCGAAAAGUAAUAUUUUGAGUUUUUUGGCUAUUAUGCCUGUUACAAAAACAUCAUCUAUCCAGAAGUAUUUUUGGUAGUUUGCUAUUGUUGCCAGUUUUAAUGCUGUUUGGGGUUUGGUAAUGUAAAACCAGCCAGAUACAAAUGUUGGGUAUUUGGUUGAUGGAUAUUCUUCUUUAGUGACAUACCAUUUAUUUGCUGUUUGUCUUAUUGCUAACAUGUUUUCUAAUUUAUAUCCAGCAAUGAAAUCUUUAUUGUAUAUAUUUUCUAAUGAUUUAAGCAUUGUUUUUAAUAUGUACAUAUUAACAACAGUAUCGUCAUCCAUUUUAAUCAAAUAUUUAGCAUUUGGACAAUAGGUGCUUGCCCAUUUAAGUCCCAUUAUAUGCUUAUAAGUUAAAUUUCUAUAUGCUUCUGAAAAAUUGCCUUGAAUUAUGUCUCCAAAUCGCCUACUUUCAUCAUUUAUGGACUUUUGUGUGGUGUACUUGUCCCUUGAAGCUUCUCCUAGUAAAAAUACCCUUCUAAGUCCUUUUUUUCGUAAAUCUUCUAUGCUAAACGCUUGCCUCAUAGAACUACGAGUUUCUACAUUGCCAAAAUAUGAUGUUACUAUAAAAACAGCCAAUAUAUUUUCUUGGGUGUUGUUACUGCAUACAUUUUUGUUAUUUAAAUUGUAUGUAAAUGUAAUGUUGAGGAGUUUUUGGGGGUCUGAUAGGAAUUUAUAUUCCUGUUCAGUUGUAUUUAAUAAUGUUAUUUCAUUGUUUGGCGAAUCAGUAAAGUAAAAUAUAAUAACGAAAGAAAUUACCGCUAGAGCAACUAUUAUGUAGAUUUGUUGAGGUUUAGUUAGUUUAAACAUUGUAUUUAUUAUAAAAAUAUAUUACAAACAACAAACAAAACAAAGAACAGCUGAUUGAAUUUAUAUGUGGUUAUAAUAUUUGUGGCUCCAUCUGUUUUCAUAUAGGCACAGUUUUCAAGCUUAUUCUAAUGUACUAAAGCUUUUUGUUUCAAUUAAGUUUUUAGAAAAAUCAAAAAACUCCUUUUGAAGCUUAACAUUUGCUGCCUUUUCACUUGGAGCAUGAAUUUUAGAAUCCAUUAUAUAAGUUCCACCAUUAUUUUCCAAAUCUUUCGAUAAGCAGGCGUAAAGGACCGGAAU